AUGAAGACAACAAAAAGAGAAGUGCUGCCAAAGUACAAAAUAGUGUUCCUCGGAGAUGCAGCAGUUGGCAAAACCACUCUGAUAACAAAGUAUGUUUUUAGCUCAGAAACGAAAGACUACUGUCCAACAAUAGGGGUAGACUUUUUUGCGCUGAAAACAGAGAUAGCUGGAAAGACGGUGAAUCUGCAGCUGUGGGACACAGCAGGACAGGAGAGGUUCAGGUCGCUAAUACCCAACUACACGAGAGAUUCUUUUAUGGCCGUGAUUCUCUUUGAUCUGACGAAAAAAGAAACAUUCGAGAGAGUGGACGGAUGGAUUGACGACUUUGUCCUGAAGAAUAACGACUCAAAGUUGAAAAUACUGAUAGUGGGGAACAAGCUAGAUCUGUUUAAUAAGAUAGAAGAUAAAGAAGGACUGCCCACGAAAGAAGAAAUAAAUGCUAAAGUAGAAAAGUACGGUGCGUCGUACAUAGAGACGUGCUCGCUGACCGCAGAGGGAAUAAACAGUCUAAUAGAAGAAAUAACAGAGGCCAUAAAAAACUCAUCUGCACCAGAGCAGAGCAUGCCUGAAUUUACGAUAGAAACAGACAACAGCAAAAGAUGCCUCUGUUUAUAA